ACCUUCGAGCUCGCUGCCUUCUCUUUCUCUGCCUCCUCCUCUGCUUUUCUUCCUUACAAUUCCAACUCUCACAUUAUCAAAACUAGAGAUGAACAAAUCCGAUGUACCAAACGCUCCACAUUUGGAGAAUUGUGAGUUGAUAUCGCGAGUUAGGGAGCGUUUAGAUACACGGAUAGCGAAUCAGACGUUUCCUACUUGGAUCAGUGGAGGAGACGAAGAGAACUAUCCAUUAACAAGGAUAGUGCAAAGUGAGAUAUGGACUCAUCAACAUCCUUUGGACUGCAAAAACGAGACUGUCAAGUUCCUUGUAGCUGAUUGGGAAACACUUUCUAUAUAUGGAUCUGGAGCUCAGAUCACUGCAAUGACUGGUCUUCUCGCAAUCUCUAUAAACGAAAACCGAGUGCUCGUUGCAAAUUACUACAACCGAGCAGAUCAUGAUGGUUGCAAAGGUUCUUCUCGUGGAAGCUGGUCAUGCUAUUUUCUACCUGAAACAUCUGAAGAGUGUCGGAAACGUGCGUUUGCGGUUGCGAGGAAGAGAGAAGCGUGGGAGAGUGGUAUUGUUACAGGGAAACAAAACUACAGCUCAAAGGUGAUUUGGGGUGGGCCUAUACCAAAGCUAUGGGGUAAGCCAUGGAAUUAUAUGAAGCCCACUACAGAUAUCAACGGAAGUUUAAUCUCUAGACACCGGAAAAUGGAUCGGAGAUGGUGGAGAGCACAAGCAGUGAGAUACUUGAUGAGAUUUCAAACCGAAUACACUUGCGGUUUGAUGAACGCUGCUCGAAACACGGCGUUUGGAAAAGAAGCUGCCGAGAUUGUUAUAUCAGCUGGAGAUUGGAGAAAGAACAAAAAGCAAAAGAUUAGGACAGAGAUUGAAGAACAAGUAUGGUCCAAUCACAAGCCGUGGAUUCCAAGGCCAAUGUUGAGUGUGCACGUACGGAUGGGAGACAAAGCGUGUGAGAUGAGAGUCGCGGCUUUAGAAGAGUACAUGCGUUUAGCUGAUCGGAUCAAAGAUCGAUUUCCGGAGCUCAACAAGAUUUGGCUGUCUACGGAGAUGAAGGAAGUUGUGGACAAAAGUAAAGAUUAUCGUCACUGGAGAUUCUAUUACACGGAAGUGGCGAGACAAGUUGGUAAUAAGUCGAUGGCUGAGUAUGAAGCGAGCCUUGGGAGAGAGACAAGCACGAACUAUCCUCUUGUUAACUUCUUAAUGGCGUCAGAAGCUGAUUUUUUUGUUGGAGCAUUGGGUUCUACUUGGUGUUUCCUCAUUGACGGUAUGAGGAAUACCGGUGGGAAAGUCAUGUCUGGUUAUCUCAGUGUCAAUAAAGAUCGGUUCUGGUAACUUUCUUGGUUAUACUAUGUACAAAACCAGACUCCUCUUCUUAGUUUUAUUUCUUUUUUGAAUGUAGUGAUUUUUUUUAUGUUUCUUCACCAAUGAAAAGUUUAGGAUGUC